AUGCUACAACGUUCUUGCACGGGUGGCAGGCUUUCGCGCUUCGCCCUCUGCAUUCCGUCCCUUUACACACCGCUGAAAGCAUUGCUAGGGUCCUGUCCUGCAGUUUGUCCGUGCCACCUGUGUUGUGCUUCCACAAAGAGGAGCACUCGAAGCACAGAAAUAAAUGACGGCUUAGCCCAGAACAAGGCGUUCAAACAGAGUGCACGCGGCUGGGCUCAGCGCUUCUGUGUGUACAGUCUGCCUCGCCUUUGCCGUUGCAAUCCGAAUAAGUUCCAGCCGCCUUCAAGACGAUUUGGAACACAGGCGAACAACCCGGUGACGGAUGACAUUCAGACGCGGCAAUAUCGAUCUCCCGAGGUAAUCAUUGGGGCCAAGUGGGACGAGACGGCAGAUGUCUGGAGUGCAGCCUGCAUGUUCUUCGAGCUGGCGACGGGCGACUACCUCUUCGACCCCAAGAAGGGGGAGGAUUGGAAUCGGGAGGAGGACCACCUGGCCCUCAUCGCCGAGUUGCUCGGAGACCUGCCAACGAAGGAGUUUGCGUUGUCGGGGCGCUACUCCAAGGACUUCUUCAACAAUGCGGCCAAGCUCAAACACAUCAAGAAGCUGAAGAUGUGGCCUCUGGAGGGCGUCCUCCAGGAGAAGUACCGCUGGGAAGAGGCCGAGGCCCUGGAGAUGGCGGACUUCCUCCUGCCGAUGCUGACGUGGCAGCCCAGCCAGCGGCAAGCCGCUUCCGAGGCCUUGAAGCACGCCUGGGUGCAGCCGCGCAACGGCGAGACGGAUACCUGGCAUGCGCCGCCCGUGCCUCAACGCUGCGAUGGCGAGAAGACAGAACAGGUGUCUGAGAGCGUCCAGGAAGCGCCUGCAUCGCCUACCACCCCCGAGGAGGUUUGA